UCAGAAGCAGGAAACUAUUUUCAAGAAAUAAACUGCAUGUAGUUUUAGGCUGGGUUUAUGGUUUGGUCAUUAAACGAAAGCGUUCAAGCUGCGUUCUUAAGGCUAGAUUAUUCAGGACCUUGUAUAAGUAGCCUAUAUCGAUGGUGUUUUGGGCUAUUUCAUCCUUUUGUCCGCCUUUUUGAGUGAAGAUUGAAUGAAUCAGCUAGUUAGCUGUGAGUUGGUGCGUUGACAUCCUAUUCUUCAGUCAAGUGGACUCAUUUGACAGCAACCAGUUAGCCAGCUAGCGUCGUUACAACACUUUCGCAUCAGUCUGUCAAGAAAGACCUCACACUGUACAAAUAAUCGUCCAGCAACAGCCUGAGAAGAUGAGUCUGCCUCUGUCCCGAUCCGAAGUGUUUGGGGAGCUCCGGAAAGAACUUUAUGAUGAUGAGACGUUCCAUCAGUCGGACGUUCACAUCUUUAUCAUCAUGGGUGCUUCGGGGGACCUUGCCAAAAAGAAAAUCUACCCAACGCUAUGGUGGUUAUUUAAGGAUGGGCUUCUCCCAGAGCAGACAUACUUUGUGGGCUUUGCUCGGUCCGACCUGACUGUGGACGCCAUUCGGACUGCCUGUCUGCCACACAUGAAGGUGGAGGAGUCUGAAACGGAACGCAUGGAGGCGUUCUUCAAGCGGAACUCCUACGUGAGUGGCAAGUACAACGAAGAUGCCUCUUUCACCAAGCUGCACGAAAACCUGCUGUCGCUGCCCAGUGGCAGUGAGGCCAACCGGCUCUUCUACCUGGCGCUGCCGCCCAGCGUCUACCACGACGUUACCAAGAACAUCCGCCAUCACUGCAUGGCCACCAAGGGUUGGAACAGAGUGAUUGUUGAGAAACCCUUUGGUCGAGACCUCCAAAGUUCAGAGGAGCUGUCCAAUCAUCUCUCCUCGCUGUUCACAGAAGACCAGAUCUACCGCAUUGACCACUACCUGGGCAAAGAGAUGGUGCAGAACCUCAUGGUCCUCAGGUUUGGCAACCGUAUAUUUGGUCCCAUCUGGAACAGAGACAGUGUUGCCAGUGUGGUACUGACCUUCAAAGAGCCGUUUGGCACACAGGGCCGUGGCGGCUAUUUCGACGACUUUGGCAUCAUCCGCGAUGUCAUGCAGAACCACCUUCUCCAGAUGCUUUGUCUGGUUGCCAUGGAGAAGCCCGCCUCCACCAGUUCCGACGAUGUUCGAGAUGAGAAGGUGAAAGUGCUGAAGUGCAUCACACCACUGACGCUGGACAACGCAGUGCUGGGGCAGUACGUGGGGAACCCAGAGGGAGAGGGAGACGCAAAGCUGAGCUACCUGGAUGACCCCACGGUCCCCAAAGGAUCCACCACUGCUACCUACUGCGCUGCAGUCCUCUACGUCCACAACGAGCGCUGGGAUGGUGUGCCGUUCAUCCUGCGGUGUGGUAAGGCUCUGAACGAGCGGAAGGCGGAGGUGCGGUUGCAGUUUAAGGACGUACCGGGUGACAUCUUCAGCUCGCAGUGCCGGCGGAACGAGCUGGUGGUGCGCGUGCAGCCCAAUGAGGCCAUCUACGCCAAGAUGAUGACCAAGAAGCCCGGCGUCUACUUCAGCCCAGAGGAAACUGAGCUGGACCUCACCUACCGAAGCAGAUAUAAGGAUGUCAAACUGCCUGAUGCAUAUGAGCGUCUGAUCCUGGAUGUGUUUUGUGGGAGUCAGAUGCACUUUGUGCGCAGUGAUGAGCUCAGGGAAGCCUGGAGGAUCUUCACUCCCCUUCUUCAUCAGAUAGAAAAAGAGAAGACCCCUCCCAUAAAAUAUACAUAUGGAAGUCGUGGGCCCGCAGAAGCUGAUGAGCUCCUGAAGAGAGUUGGUUUCCGCUAUGCUGGAACAUACAAAUGGGUCGAGCCCAACAAACUGUGAAAGUACCGUAGUAUCCACAUCUACAGAAAGUCAACAGGGCAGUGAAUCUGGGCAGUUAUCUUCCAAGAAAAACUUCUUCCAAUAAGUGGAUUUGGAAGAAGCCGUGGGAUCGCCCCUCUCCCUACUGCUCUCUCUGAAUAGAGAUAUGGUACUACUGACCAACGUCAUUUAACUCCAGUUUUUUUAAAUACACAAGACUGAAACUUAAUAUGACUGCUUAUAUAUCAUCAUAAUAAUAUUUCAGUGCUAUUUUACAUUGUUCAUAUCUUAUUCUACUUCUAUUACAGUGAGGGGUAUCACUUAUUCUAUUUUCAUGGUUUUGAGGGUUUGUUUGUAUUAUGAGCUUGACUUAAGACAGAUGAUAUUACCUGGCCAUCCAGCAGCAGACAUGGAGUGCUGGGGGCGAUUUGUUUUCCACAGAUGACUGUUUAUGCCAGUACAGCAUAUUGUCACAGUAGGGUAUGUGGUGUCUGUGUCCAACAGUCUGCCCUAGCAUAGUGGAAAAUCAGGCCCCAAGCAAAGCUAACAGAUCUGAACACACACACACAAGCCUUCAAAUUGAUUCUGUAUUUCCCGAUGUCACAUUUACAAUAAGGAAAUUGUUUGUACAGCUUGCUUCCAGUUAAGGAUUCCGUCUACAUUUAUGUCCAGGAAAAAGUAUUUUGAUCUGGAGGUAUAAAAAUCAAAGGAUAUUUGUUUGCAUUAACCAUUAUGAAAAAAUUGGAACAUUAACUCGCUUACAGUCCCUGAGGUACACGUGUAAUCUUAAAACUUUCAUAGCCUUCCCAUCACUUGAAGGUAUAGCAGGUCAAGCAGAUGUGUCUCUGUUGAAGGCUUUUGAGAGGAAGUCCAUGUGUUUACAUUUUUUGUUGUUUUCAAGAGAAAAGGAGGGGUCAUCAGAGUGUGAUAAAAUGAUUAGAUAGAAGUGUGUGUGAGUGAGGGAGAGAGACAUCAGGAAUAUAUAGAGAAGGAGUAUAGCAUGGUUAAGAACACAAUGCCUGGUGUUAGCAUGAGAACUUGUUACAUAUCUUCACUUCCCUCAAUAAAAACUCUUUGUCUGACCAAGGAAGCAGUUGCACUUCUACCAUGGUGGACCAUACACAUCACAAACUGUGCCAGUGUGACCGUUUGUUGCAAAGUAGGCUGUCUGGUAUUUGUUAUUUUCCACUAACAAUAAACAGCUAAUUUUCAUGCUUAUCGCAGUGACGAGACAUUCUGCAAGGUGUGACCUUUCCAUUUCCUUCAAAGUGUAAGAACAGUUUACUCUCUUAAUAGUCUUAGAGGGAACGUGUUUUUCUCAAAGUGUGUAGUACUGGUGCAAUGAGGAUCAGAAGGGAAUUGCAUUGCACGUUCAUUUGGGGAGUUGGUGCUGAUGAUGGAUAAUGUGGUGAACUUUUGACUGCACUUUUCAGGUAGAAGUCUUUUACUCAUUUUGAAUUUUUUGCUUUGCUUUUUCUGUGAUUAUUAUGAAUUUCUCUUAUAUCUUGAGUUCUGUUAGCAAUUCAACCAUUAUUCUGAAAAAAGUUUGUGCUCAUAUUUUUUUGUAUAACGAUUUAAACAUAUAUGUUUUCUCAUUAAAAAAUAGUUGUGUGUGGCUUCUUA